AUGGCUACUACCAAGAUCAACUAUACUUCAUCCGAUAUUUGUGUGAUAUGCCUGGAGCAUCUGCUGUGUGUAUCACCCGAAAAUAAUGACACGGAAACAAUGACGAAUGAGCCAAUGGCCGAUUUUGGCGCGGCGGCUCCUUGUGGGCAUCCAGCUCAUGCAUCCUGUUUCGAACAAUGGUCCUCUUACCAAAAGAAGGGAGCUGGAAAUGGUAAUAAGGGGGGUGUCCCCUGUCCGACAUGUCAGAAAGAGACAACUUCCUUUGUCAAAAUCUAUCUCCGUGCGUCGCAACAAGAGGAAAACGACCGAAAUGAAGAGGAGGACAGCCACAGUGAUGAGGAAGAAACUGAGGAGGAGGAGGAAGGAACUGAUGACUCUAGUUUCGUGUCUGCAAAAGCUGGUGACACUGCAUCCGCAGAUAAUGACAACAAGAGUUCCUCUUCUACCUUGGAAUCUUCUGCUUCUUCCUCCUCCUCUUCUCAGCCCAACCAGCGACAAACCAACAGCAACAAGAGCAGCAAAGCAUCCAAAAAGAAAGUCAAACCCAAGCAACAACAAGCACACAAAAAGGUCCAAUGGUACAAGAAACGAUGGAUGGGGAAAUGCGAAGAAGUCAAGAAUCUCAAACUGGAGGCUCAGAAUCGCAAAAAUUGCCAUCAUAAGGAUUUGUUGGACUUGGAACGCUCCCGGUUGAUCAACUAUGGACUGGCCAAGGAGCUGGAACGCACCGAAAAGGCAGGACGGAUCCAUCGCAAUAUGUGGGCGGUCGCUUGUUUCACGGUGGGGUGCGUCGUUGGUCACAAAUUCCUGGCAAUGUGA